AUGCUGUCUUUUUCACAUCUUUGGGCUGUGAGCGCAGUCGCAACGCUGGCCGUUGCUGCGCCAGUACAACUCUUGAACAAUCGCGAUGUCUCGGAUGACACGUACAACAGCCUCUAUCUGUUUGCCCAAUAUUCCGCAGCCGCAUAUUGCUCAGCCAAUAUCGAUGCCUCUGAUACAGGUGCUUCAAUCACCUGCUCGGCUGGCAAUUGUCCAGAUGUGCAGUCAGCAACGACCAAGACCUUAUAUGAGUUUGACCAGGCGAACGACUACGGCGAUUGUACCGGAUUCCUCGCUGUAGACGAGACCAAUAGCCUCAUUGUGCUUUCAUUCCGUGGAAGCAGUGACAUUCAGAACUGGGUUGCCAAUUUGAACUUUGACUUGAACGAUGACAGUGGUCUUUGCGAUGGUUGCUCAGUACACUCGGGAUUCUGGGAGUCGUGGGAGACUGUUUCGGAUGAGGUUACGUCUCAAAUUGACUCUGCACAGAGCACAUACUCCGGCUAUCAGCUCGUAGUUACUGGCCACAGUCUUGGUGGUGCACUUGCUGCUCUUUCAGGAACAGCACUUCGCAACGCUGGAUAUACACUGGACCUGUAUACCUAUGGUCAGCCUCGCGUGGGUAAUGAGGCAUUGGCCGACUACAUGACCAACCAGGGCAGUCUUUGGCGUACCACACACACCGAUGACACUGUUCCCCGUGUGCCUCCGGAGGCUUUCGGAUACGCCCAUGCUAGCCCUGAGUACUGGAUUACAAGCGGUGACGCCGUCAGCGUGACCGACGCUGAUAUCGAGGAAAUUGAGGGCGUGGACUCGUCCGACGGAAAUGCAGGCGAAUCAUCCCUCAGCAUUACAGCCCAUCUGUGGUACUUUAUGUCAAUUGCUGGGUGUUCGCUGUAA